CUAGGGCAAAGUGAAAUAUUUCGAGCGGAGACGAUGAAUCCAUGCGCGCCAGUGGUGGAAUGAUCGCGCCUCUCCCAAAAUCUCUCGCGAGCGCAAAGAUUUUCCAUGGAAGCCGACGCAUCGUCGGCGCCAGCAAAGGCGCCGCCAGUGGACAGGAAGAUGUGGGCGGCGUUCGAGCGGGGAUUUAGCCAGGUCCAAUUCCUGCUCGAUCACAACCGGCUCCUCAUCAACGAGAUCAACCAGAACCAGGAAUCCAAGGUCCCCGAGAGCCUGUCCAGGAACGUGGUGCUCAUCAAGGAGCUCAACAAGAACAUCGGCCAGGUCGUGAGCUUGUACUCCACCAUCUCCUCCUCGUUCGUCAAGUCUUUCGAGAAUUCGCAAGAGGGCGAUUCCAUCCCAGCGCCAGGGACCGCGAAAGCCAUGGAUUCUCCCGCCGCUGCCGCUGGAGCGGUGGGUCACAAGAGAGUUCGAUCGUCAUAGCGAAGCAGCACUCUGGAAGAGCUGUGGAAGGAACUUCUUUGAUUCUUUUCCUCGCUGGGAGGAAGUUUUAUACCAAAAGGAAAAGCUAUGUUUGUAGCGAUGCUGUGGAGUUUAAAAGGUUUUCUUUGUAGCUAUAAUGAUAAGAGGAAAAAAUCCAACACCAGGAACUUCUACGCCUUCAA